UCCGGGGUGCUUGGGGUUUGGUGGAGCCGCGGCGCCGGGCGCUCUCCCCGCCGCGGGGCCCGGGGCGGCUCGGCACCCCGCUGGGCUCCCCGCCCGCGCCUGCCCCGCCGCCGCACCGCGUCCCCGGGAUGAGCAUCUCCGUCCCGGAGGGGCUGACGGAGCUGCUGCAGGGCUUCACCGUGGAGGUGCUGCGGAGCCAGCCGGGCGACCUGCUGGAAUUCGCCCUCCAGUACUUCGGGCGCCUCAAGGCGGAGGCGGCGGUCGCUCCGGCCGCGGGAGGCGGGGAGGAGGACCGCGGCGGCGCUGGCGGCGGCCCCCCUCGGGGCCCCGCCGGUUGCAAUACCGUCUCCGUGCCUGGCCCCGAGCGGGGGAGCCGCCUCCAGCUCGACGGCGCCCCCUCGGAGGGCAGAGGGGUCAACUUCGCCGAGGAGCCCCUGCAGACCGACUCCGAGAGCGGCGACGAGGACCAGGAGGCGGAAGAAUUCGCGGCUCCAGUGAUUAACCGGUUCACUAGACGAGCAUCAGUGUGUGCAGAAGCUUAUAAUCCAGAUGAAGAAGAAGAUGACACUGAAUCAAGGGUUAUUCACCCCAAAACAGAUGAUCAAAGAAACCGGCUGCAGGAAGCUUGCAGAGAUAUUCUUCUCUUUAAGAACUUAGAUCCGGAACAGAUGUCUCAGGUGCUGGAUGCCAUGUUUGAAAAGCUAGUUGAAGGAGGAGAGCAUGUCAUUGAUCAAGGAGAUGAUGGUGACAACUUCUAUGUAAUUGAUCGAGGGACUUACAAUAUUUUUGUAAAAUGUGACAGUGUUGGAAGAUGUGUUGGCACCUAUGACAACCGAGGGAGCUUUGGUGAACUGGCUUUAAUGUACAACACGCCCAGAGCGGCUACAAUCAUUGCUACCUCUCCUGGCGCCGUCUGGGGUUUGGACAGAGUAACGUUUCGAAGGAUCAUUGUGAAAAACAAUGCAAAAAAGAGAAGAAUGUAUGAAAAUUUCAUUGAGUCAUUGCCCUUCCUUAAAUCUUUAGAACUCUCUGAACGUUUGAAAGUGGUGGAUGUGAUAGGUACCAAAAUAUAUAAAGAUGGGGAACAAAUAAUUGCUCAGGGAGACACGGCUGACUGUUUCUUUAUUGUCGAAUCUGGAGAAGUGAAAAUUACAAUGAAAAGAAAGGGCAAACAAGAGAUAGAUGGAAACGAGGCAGUGGAAAUUGCCCGCUACACCAGAGGGCAGUAUUUUGGUGAACUGGCGCUUGUAACGAACAAACCUCGGGCUGCCUCAGCCUUUGCGCUUGGCACAGUCAAGUGCUUAGUUAUGGAUGUACAAGCAUUUGAAAGGCUUUUGGGACCUUGCAUGGAAAUUAUGAAAAGAAACAUCGCAAACUAUGAAGAACAACUAGUUGCUCUGUUUGGAACAAACAUGGAUAUUUCUGAUCCCAGUGCAUGAAGUAUGGAGCCACACAGUCUGUGUAUAAGAAAUAGCACAGUAGUGGUUAGUCCACUGAAAAUAUGUCUUAUCUUCCUAUAGAUGCUGAGCAUUGUUCUUGAUUUUACAGGGGAUUGGAUUUCUUUGCUUCCCCCCCCCCAUGUUUUUUUGCCUUUUUGUACACAGUCUUUCGGAUGUAUCAGUACAUGGAGUAGAGACAUUAUUCAAUCGGUCCUUCCUUAAAAGCAAUUGAUCCACCAGCAUUUCAGCUUUCAGAAAACAUCAGUCCACAAGCCUUUAGUGGGAAUAUACAAUUUCUAUGGUGUUAUAGAUUUAGAACCAUUUGGCACUUCUAAAAAGGUAGUGGCUUCUGUAAGUAAGUUAUACGCAUUUCAUUUAAGAAGUCCAGGAUAUAUUGCAAUCUAAACAAUGUGUACAAACUGGCAUGUUUUUUUAUGUUAUCUUGCCUAAUUGCAUGUCUCUUCCUGAAGUUAACCGGUUUGGGAAUAGAUCCUCUUUUCUUUUAGCAAAUGGCAGGAGCCAUUUUCAGAAAGAAAGGCCAGAUUCAUCUGAAUAUCUCACUACACAAUAUUUUGGAUUGCAGAAUAUUUGUUGUUCAAACCUGUUCCCGUUUGAUAAUGGUUUCUGUAAAAUAAUAAAGAAACUGAUACCAAUUGAGGAUUUGGCAGAAAUAAAUUUAGUUUUGUCCAUAUGUCAAAUGAAUGUGAUAGGUUAAAAAUGUUAGGGUAACCAAGCGCACAGGCAGGCUAGGAGAGAUUACAUUGUACGUAUUUGGUUUGCUAGCUGGUUGAAUCAGUAUUUAAGGUGGCAUUUGUACAAGAUGUAUUUGAAAAAGCCCUCCAAACAAUAAAGCAUGGACUUGUAUUCUAGGUAAAUUUUA